CUGUCCACUGUGUGUUUUAGAGGUCGGAGAUGCCCUUGUGUGCGGGGCUGUACUUUCGUUGUCAAAAGCCACACAACAGAUAAGGCGAGACCAUGCCCACGAGAAUUCAGUUGAUGUUGACUAGUUUGAUCUCCGGCCUCCUUCUCCUCCAUUCAUAUCCAUCAUCGCUCGCGCGAGCGAUCAGUAACACGACAUUCAUGGCGAGCGCCAGGGUGGCGAUGGUUCCGACCAGAGCAAGCUUCGUCACUCCCCGCAGCUUCUUCAACUGGGGCAGAGGCGCAAAAGAAGCCGAGACGCCGCCGCCGCCGCAGUUCCAGUACCAUGGCGUGGAGCCGCCGUUCCCCAUGUCGCUCGUGGCCAACACGCACCUCAGAGGCCGCGAGCUCAGCUGCUGUUACAGGGCCACCGUUGACGGCUUCAGCGCGACGGACUUCCACCGGCGGUGCGACUUCAAGGGCCCCUGCGUCAUCGUCGGCUACACGGCGGGAGGCUCCUUCAGGUUCGGCGGGUUCAGCCCCGAGGGGUACCGCAGCACGGACGACUACUACGACACGCUCGACGCCUUCCUCUUCUACUGGCCUCCGGCAUCGCCGGAGGUCACCACCGCUGCCGUUCCGGUGGUUCUGCCCAAGGUGGGCGGGAGCGGCGCGGCGCUGUUCGACUACUCGCGGGGUGGGCCGCAGUUCGGCGCCGACGGGCUGCUCAUCGGCCCGCCGCUCUCCGCCGUGAUGGGGGUGUUCACGGGGCCCGACGCCAGCGUCGGCGUCGGCGACCUCCGUCGCGCGCGGUCACGGCUCGGGCUGUCCUACGCGAGGAGGGAAGACGGCAAGGAGAGCCUCUUCGGCGACGAGUCCAAGGCCGAACUCGAGGAGGUGCUCGUCUUCUGUAGCCCCCAGAUUGCCAGCAUGUACUAGCUCAAUUUGCUUAGAGCUAUGGGAGGAUAAUUAAGCUAACUAGUCAAGGAGGAUGCUGUCAUUGUCCCGUUCUUGCAAGUGUUAAUGGGAAUGCUAAAAGGAUUGUAAAUU